CCUAUAAAAUAAAUUGAAAGUAAAAUCAAUUGUACUGUUAUCCAAAAUUUGUGAAGUAAACAAUAUCCGAUGAUAAUUAUUGAUCAGUUAAGUUAAAUAUCAAAUUUGAUAAAUUUAAUAGUUUGAAAAAAGCUUUGGGCUUUUUUCUCAACCUUAUAAAGUGUGAACACAUAUCUCAAUAAUAUUUGUAAAAUGAGUGUCGUUGGCAAACAACUUAAUUCUUUACAAUCCAAUAAUGACAUUAACGGAAAAGAUGUAAGAGAAACAAGUACCAAAACAUCAAUGUUGGGAAAGUUUAUAUCACCAAAUGAUGUUCUUAAUUUAAACGAAAUAACAGAGAAUUAUUUAUGUUCUAUCAACGACAACAUAUACGAUAUUGAUUUUACCCGUUUUAAAAUACGUGACUUGGAUUCGGGUGCAAUAUUGUUUGAAAUAGCUAAGCCAAGUGAUCGAUUUUCUCCUAGUUUAGAAGACAAAUUGAUUGAGGCAGCUGAUGGAAUGUCCAUUGAAGAUUCAGUAGAUGUGAAUGCUGGUCGAUAUGUUCGAUAUCAAUUUACCCCAGCUUUUCUCGAAUUAAAGAAUGUUGGGGCAACGGUGGAAUUCACGGUUGGCAGCAAACCCGUCAAUAAUUUUCGGAUGAUUGAACGGCACUUCUUUCGAGAUCGGUUGCUGAAAACAUUUGAUUUUGAAUUUGGAUAUUGCAUUCCUUAUUCUAAAAACUCUUGUGAACACAUAUAUGAGUUUCCUAACCUUCCUUCUGAACUAGUUUCAGAUAUGAUUGCAAGCCCAUUUGAAACUCGUUCGGAUAGUUUCUAUUUUGUUGAGAACCGUCUUAUUAUGCACAACAAAGCAGACUACGCUUACGAUGGAGGUAUGUUUAUUUAAAUGGAUGCAUUCAAGAAUUUUGGAAUCAAUUCUCACCAAAAGCCAUACAAGCCUUAUUAUUAAUAUCGUUCUGUAAUUAACUGUUAAUUUAUGUGUAAGGUACAAACACUAAUAAAAAAAACUUUAGAUUGUGGAGUA